GAUAGGUUUACGCUAGUUAGUCAAAACCCUCUUACUUUUAGUUGCUGGGGGGGGGGGGGGGGGAGAGAGCAUUGACAUUCUCUUAUACUGGUCAAAUCUUAUAUACAUUUUGUCUCAUAUAUUCACAUCAGUGGAGCCCAUCAGAUCAGUAGACAAAGUAAAAGCACAGAGAUUUGUUUCCGAUAGAGGUGUAAUUCGCUGUCUUGCACAGCUCAGAAUCCUGCACUUUCAAGACGAAGGCGGUUUUUGGUUUCUUCGAUUUAAGUUUCUCCAGGGCCGUCAAAACACACUGUCAACCAUAACCUUUUCAGUUUAGAGUUCUUUCCUCCUUAUCUUUUCGUCACCUUUUUGGACCUCUUUACCAUUUGGCUUUAAAACAUUAAACAGGACCGGAUUUUCCGCAGGAUGUUGCUGACGCGCCAACCAGCACGGAGCUUGUCGGCCUCACAGGGCCGCUGGUUUGGUAGUUUUCGACCGACACGGCCUGUCUCUCCCCCCACCCGACGAGCGUCUUGGCGACUCCCGGCAAAGCUCACUACGCCUCCGUUGCUCGCGAUAGAAAGUCCCAUUACGCCUGGCUUUCAGCCGACCGCCUUUUCACGAGAUUGGGUCUACUGGGGUUCGACUUACUACGAGUUUCCGCCGCAACCGUUGCCACAAGUUGACGUGGCCUCACUUCUGGCGUUUUCCAAAAUACCGCCGAAUACGCAAGUUUCCCAGACACUGCAUCGACAGAAAAGGCUCCUGUUGGACACAAUGAGGCAAGAGCUAUUUGGGAACACAAACAACGAGACGAAGAAAAUGUACAUCUUGCGAGGACACGGGGUCCCCGCGCAGCUUUUACAGCAUCAUCUGGAUGUCGCCGACGCCUGGCUGGCAAGACAGAACGGCGCUUACGAGCUGUCGGUUGAGAAUUUAUUGGGAUCGAUGUAUUAUGAUCGACUAGCGAUUCAUGACGAAGGAAUCGAUCGUGUUAUUGCUUGGCCACCGGAAUGGACUACUGACAUGGAGCUGUACAUGACUGUUGUGAAGCGAUUGGGAACGGAGCUGAGUCGUAUGCUGUAUGAUAAGCCCCAAGAGGAUUGCCGCGAAACUCCCAAGCUUAAAGCUUGGACUAUGACGGUGUCCAGUGACCGCAUUAUGACAAACGGGCUAUUACCGGAGAAUUUCCUGGUUCCUGUGGUAGAAUGGAUUCCUCCCAAAACCAGCCGAGACCAAUUUGGUUCUGUGUGCAUCCGAAUAGAGGGAAAAGCAUCGACUAGAAGGAAAGACAAAAGCUCGCCGAGCGUAUCCGUUACUUUUAAUGCCAGAUUUUGUCUGAAGCAAGAUCAGUGUCCUUCUGACAGUUUUUUCAUUCAGCCUGCGUCAAACCUCCGUGGGGACAGUAAGGGAAAGGCUUGA